UUAGCUUUGGGAUACCUUUCCAUCAAGAGGGCGUAGGGGACACAAAUGCGUGAGCACGUGCAAGAACAUUUCAGUCACCCAUCUCGGAGGCUUAUACCACCACGUACAUGAAUAUUACGGCCUUCUUGAGCUUCCCGACCUCUACGCUCUGGCCUGACUCGUCAUUGAGAGUUAUGUCGGGAACAGUCUCGCCCACCUUGAGCUGUCGACUCGAAAUAGGCUUCUCGUCCGUCUUGGCUUUCUUGCUCGCAGCUCCCUCCUUGCUACCGUUGGUGGCGUCAGCUUCACUUUUGUCUUUGCUUUCCACAUCGGCCUCCUCGUCGUCCUUGGCAACAGCACGCUUCUUUGUGGCCUUUGCAGCCGGGCCUUUCUUCUCGCUUUCUGAAUCCUUGACUGCCGGUGUAGAAGCCUGCCGUGCCGCGACUCGGCUGGAAACACGACGUUCCCCUGUGGGCUGGGCUGCCUCGGAUGCCUUCCUUGCCAUGUUGAGCGAUGUGUGUAGUAAAGACUGUUCUACAAGCGAGCACGUUGUGGGAGUAGUAGAAGGAGAAGCAACUCACUUCCGGCCCUUGGCGUCUCCACACGUCGAAUUCAAACUCCCUUUCCGCAAUGCAGCAAUCGUGGUGCCUGUACAGUCAGACUAGAGAGCAAACGGUUGCACACAAGCUGUACACAUACAUGUUCUUCCUGUGCCUUGCCGUCCUUCUUUGCACCCCUAUCCUUCGUCUACGUCAGUCCAUGCUCGAGACCUUCCAUAGUGCCAGGGCAGAGCGAAUCUGCUCACCAUGACCGUCAAGGCUGGGCCCCUCCAAGCUCGCGAGUAUCAAAAGCAGCUCUUCGCGAAAGCCCUCACCAGCAAUGUCAUCGCAUGUGUGGAGACGGGCAGCGGCAAGACACUUGUCGCUGCUCUACUCCUCGAGCAUAUGUAUAGUCAGGAAGUGGCUCGCACCAGGGGCU